AUGUUUUUCUCUUCUGUGAAACUCUCUCUUUUUUCCUCCUUCCUAUCUUCCUUCCUCCCUUCUAUUUUCCUCUUCUUCUUCCUUCUUCUUCCCUUCACUUUUCUUCAUUCCUUCCCUCUUUAUUCCUUUCUUUCUAUCUAUUUUUGCAUAUAUUUUUCUUUCCUAUUUUCCCGCCUCUUUUUUAACUUUUCCUCUACUUUUCUCCAACUUCUUUUUCUUUCUUUCUUUCUUUCUUUCUUUCUUUUUUUUUUUUAUUUUCUUUCUUUUUCUUUCUUUCUUUUAAGACUUUUCUCCAACUUCUUUUUUUCUUUUUUUUUUUUUUUCUUUCUUUCUUUCGUUUUCUUUCUUUCUUUCUUUUCUCUAUUUCAUUUUCUUUCUUCUUUUCUUUUCUUUUUUUUUUCAUUAGUCUUUUUUUUUUUCUUUCUUUUUUUCUUUCUUUUUUCUUUCGCCAUUUCUUUCUUUAAUUUUUUUUUUUGUCAAACGGGUCCCUUACGAAAGCCUGGAUCUUUUCCUAUCUAUAUCUAUCUAAGUUUUUCAUUUCUAUCUAUCUAUCUAUCUAUCUAUCUAUCUAUCUAUCUAUCUAAGGUUUUUCAUUUCUUUCUUUCCUCUUUCUUUCUUUCCUCUUUCUUUCUUUUUUCCUUCUUUCUCAGUCUCUUCCUAUCUAUCUAUUUAUCUAUAUCAGUGUGUAGAGUUAUCUAUUUUCUCGUUAUGCAUGGCUAUGCCAUCAAACUUAGUUUGCCUAAUUAUUUGAACCGUUAG